CUGCUGCCGCUGCUGCUGGAGAGAGAGAGAGAGAGAGAGAAAGAGAGAGGGAAAGAGAGUGAGAGAAGGAGGGAGAGGAGGAACACCAUGCUGCUCUCCGCGCCGCCCCGGACACUGGCAGCGAACCCCCACCACCAUCACCACCACCACGGAUACACGGGCAACAGGACCGGCAAAAAGCAGGCCUAUGUGUCCGCCACUCAACAGAUGGCACCGCCCAGUCCCAACACCACCACCACCACCAGCAGCAGCAGUAAUGGAAGCACCGUUGGAGGUGACCAGCUAAGCAGAACCAACCUCUACAUCCGCGGCCUGCACCCAGGAACCACAGAUCAGGAUCUGGUGAAGCUCUGUCAGCCGUACGGAAAGAUCGUGUCCACCAAGGCCAUCCUGGACAAGACCACCAACAAGUGUAAAGGCUAUGGCUUUGUGGACUUUGACAGUCCGGCGUCUGCGCAGAAAGCGGUGACCACACUGAAGGCCAGUGGAGUUCAGGCUCAGAUGGCGAAGCAACAGGAGCAGGACCCCACCAACCUGUACAUCUCCAACCUGCCGCUGUCUAUGGAUGAGCAGGAGCUGGAGAGCAUGCUGAAGCCCUUCAGCCAGGUCAUCUCCACACGCAUCCUCCGAGACGCCAGCGGUGCCAGCAGAGGUGUGGGCUUCGCCAGGAUGGAAUCCACAGAGAAAUGCGAGGCCAUCAUUCAGCACUUCAACGGCAAAUACAUCAAAACUCCACCUGGAGUAGCAGUGCCUACAGAACCGCUGCUGUGUAAGUUCGCUGACGGGGGUCAGAAGAAGCGUCAGAAUACGGGCAAAUACCUUCAGAACGGCCGGGCGUGGACGCGAGACGGAGAGACGGGAGGAAUGACGCUAACGUAUGACCCCACUCCGGCUCUGCAGAACGGGUUCUACUCCUCUCCGUACUGCAUCGCUCCCAACAGAAUGAUUACACAGACCUCCAUCUCUCCAUACAUGCAUUCUCCUGUAUCAACAUACCAGGUUCACAAUCCGUCCUGGAUGCACCAUCAGUCGUACCUCAUGCAGCCCACGGGCACAGUCCUGACGCCCACCAUGGACCACACUCUGUCCAUCCAGCCCGCCGCCAUGAUGGGGCCGCUCGCCCAGCAGCUCAGCCACCUGUCUCUGGGCAGCACCGGCACGUAUAUACCUGCAAACACAGCUAUGCAAGGGACCUACAUACCCCAGUACACCCAAGUGCCUCCUGCCAGCGUCUCAGUUGAGGAAAACGCCGUCCAGCAGCAGCAGGUUGCCAUAGAGACGCCCACAGAGCAUACAGCGUACUCCUACCAGCACGGCAAGUGAGGAGGAGGAGGAGGAGGAGGAGGAGGUAAUCCCCGCAGGGAUCAGGGGACAGGAGCUUCAGUGUGGGACACCUGUCUGCAGCGUCUCCUCUCUCUGGUUUCUCUGGACGUCAGAAGGAGCGGCAGACAUCGCUGAAGAGGACGGGAGCUUCCUGUCUCUUCCAUAAGAAAUAAGACAUUUACUGUACUGGAGACGCUUUUAACCGAGGGAAGACCAAGCAACGGACAGCUUAACCUUUUUUUGGCAGCAGUAAAAAAAAAAGGAGACAAAGAAAAACAAAUAAUACAACAAAACCACAAGAUGAAGGAAGCUAUGGACUAAAUGGACUAUACUAAAGAACUCAAAUCAACAGCAAACACACACACACACUUACACACGCACAAUCCCACAAAACACACACACUCUGAGCGAGUCCCACACACAGUAAUAAUAAAAAACACUUGAGAAAAGUUAUUUUUCUGCACGCAAAAAUACAAAAAAACACCAAAAAACAUUAAAAAAAAGAACUAUUUUCUAGGCUGUUCUGAGCAGCAGAACGGAAAACAAAGCGAGAGAGGUUCAGCACCGCGUCAUUUUAGAGCUGUAGUAGCUUUUUUUUAAUCCUCUUCAUUUCCCCUCCUUUUUGAAUAUUUUGACUGCUUUCUAAGUCUGUUGUAGAGUUAGGAUUUUUUUGUACAUAGAAAAAACUAAAAAUGUUUUUUGCAAAAGUUUUGCUGCCUUUUUUAUUAAAGAAAAAAAAUGUCAAAGUAUGGUUUUAAAUGAAUUUAAGUAAAUGCUGAACAAACUGCGACAGUGUGAGUGUAGAGCAGAUGUGGUAAUAAAUAAAAAAUUAAAUAUAUAUAUAAAUAUAUAAAUAUAUAAAAUAUAUAGAAUACGUUGGAAACGUCCACGUCACCCAGCAGUGAGACUUGACUGAUAGUUGCCGGCUGUGGCGGCGGCUGUGGUCCGAGCCUCGGUUCAUAAACAGCUGAACUGAGAUCAGUGACCCUCCGGCCCCCUGCUGUUCUGCCUCUGUCCCUGACAUGCUGCUUCGUCUCAGAACCGAGGUCACACUGUUCUGAGAGAUUCUUUUUUUUAUUUUAUUUAUUUUAAAGUGAUUUAAAGUGAUUUUUAUUUUCCAGCAAAUCGACAGACAGGAAAAUUUUACUGAUUUACUGUAAUUAAAUUGGUGUAAAUCAUCAUUAUUCUGCAUUAUACUGCAUUUUCUGAUGUUUUUAAAGCCAUUUCCAUCUGUUUUUAAGCUGUUUUUUUAACUACACUAUUCUAAUAUCUGUUAUCAUCACCAUACACUGACAUGCCAAAAGUCAUGGGAUGGUAAAAUAGGAGAUUAUCAUGUCCCGUGACCUUUGCUACGUUCCAUGGCAGCUAAAGAUCAGUACAUAGACCCGAAGGAUAUACGUACACUUCAGUUUCUGAAUCAGUUCCUCUGAUUUUGCUAUUUAUAGGUUUAUGUUUGAGUAAAAUGAGCAUAGUAGUUUUAUUCUAUAAACUACAGACAGCAUUUCUCCUAAAUUUUAAAUAAAAUAUUGUCAUUUAGAGCAUUUAUUUGCAGAAAAUGAGAAAUGGUUCAAAUAACAAAAAAGAUGCAGAGCGUUCAGACCUCAAAUAAUGCAAACAAGAAAGUAAGUUCAUAUUCAUAACAUUUUAAGAGUUCAGAAAUAAUAUUUGGUGGAAUAACCCUUUUUUUUAAGGUUUUAAAGCACAGUUUUUUUUAAUGCAUCUUGGCAUCAUGUUCUCCUCCACCAGUCUUACACACUGCUUUUGGAUAACUUUAUGCUGCUUUACUCCUGGUGCAAAAAUUAAUUCAAGCAGUUCCGCUUGGUUUGAUGUUUGAUCUCUAACCUGCAAUAUAUAUAUAUUACCAGGUAUAUUCACAGGUGUGUGUGUUCCCAAGCCAUCCCCCUGAAGUAACACUACUUGAUCAGUUUACUCACUGCUACCCAUGACUUUUGGCAUGUCAGUGCACUGAUUGGUGGUGAGCGUAUUGAGGGCUCUGUCUGCUACGUUGCUGAACUCAUAGAUGAUGUUCCAUGAUAGUGAGUGAGUCCACAGCUGCCUCAGUUAAGAGAUUUCAGAUCAUUAAUUCAUGCUGAUUAAUCUGAUUUAUGAGUGCCUAUAACCCCGUUCACACCCGGUUUCUUAUGUGAUGGGCGUGUCCUUGGUGUUUUCCCGAGUGUCCAUUGGUCAGUUUCACACUAAACAUAGAAAUAACCACCAGUCAGAUGUGGUGAGAGGCGGAGCGUGUAUCUCAGUCCACGGUAGGCGGAGACUAAAGCCAUUCAGAUAAAUUUACGUUAAAGUUUCCAUACCAACCAUACGUCUUAAGUCAACAAACCCCCAAUGUGGACAUGCUGCUGGCUUCAGUUAAGCUCCACCUAGUGGUUCAGUAGCUGUACCGAUAACACAAGUGUGUGCAUGUGGCAGUAUCGUCAUGGAUACUGAUACAGUAUCUAUUGUUUUGGUACUCACAAUAUUGUCACAAUUGUUUAAAAUAGAUCAUGUGCUCAAUUGUCAGAAAUUUCUAAAUAGGAGACGAUUAGAAUUUUGGUUGUGAAAAAGUUGUGAAAAGGUAGUAGUAGUAGUAAUAAUGAGGUUACAAUUAAGCAAAAAUAAACAAGGGUUCUAUAAUGUGUAAUAUUGUAUAUAAUAAGUGCUAAUAUUACACGUUAUAGCACAGACCUCGAGUGUAUUAUUGUGAUUAUACCACAGCUCUAUUAUCACUGUUUAUGAAAAUAUUUUGAGUUAAAGAGGAGGAGAAAAUAAAAUCUGUUUGGUUAUAAAACUCCGCCAGUUAAAAUAGUUCCAUUGCUGCUCUGUUUGGCUUGUAAGCGCUGCAUCGUUGCUAGGUUACCUGUAUGAGGCGGAGUAAUACAUGAAGAGCUUCGGUUACAGUGCAUUACUUUAUUUAUCUGAUGCUCUUAUCCAGAAUGACUUGCAAGGUUAUUUCUGUUACAGAAGUGGGUCAGUGAUGUGUUAGGAGUCUUGCCCAAGGACUCUUAUUGUUGCAGCACAGCAUAGUCACCCACAUAAUGUGGUAGCUCAGUGGAAGAGGGUGGUGUUAUCCACUGUACCACACCAACUACACGUGCGUAUUUUUUUCCAGAUACUACUCAAGGCACACAUAAAGUGACCAGGCGUGAACGGGGUCUAUGUUUUAGGAUUAGCAAUACCAGUUUCUACCCAUUCAGAGUUCCACUGUACCGAUUCUCAAAUAAGAGAGUCGGAGCUAAACUGUGGACUGUCCAGAUACCCAGAGAAGCUACGAGACUUCGGGUUUGAGAACCCUGGUUUUAAGAUCAUCUAAUUCUACGAAGGUUUGUUUUGGAUUCUGCUGAUUUUCUCUUGAAAAUCUUUCUAAGCUUAGAAGAAAAUUUGUGUUUCUCACUUCUUAAACAACGGCAAUGUUCUUUAGACACCCCUGAAAAAAGGAAAAAAUCUGGAGCUUCUGUCUCUUUCUCAAUAAAGCAGCUUUUAUGUCAACUUC